GCUUUAUUCUGAAGGAUGCUUUUAGGGAGGUCUGUCGUUGUUGCUGUUGUUUGACAGAGGCUAGCAAGAUGGCAGAAUACUUGGCGUCCAUUUUUGGGACAGAGAAAGAUAAGGUGAACUGUUCUUUUUACUUUAAAAUUGGUGCCUGCCGACAUGGAGACCGCUGUUCCAGAUUGCACAAUAAGCCAACAUUCAGUCAGACAAUUGCUCUGCUGAACAUUUAUCGGAACCCUCAAAACAGCGCCCAGUCCGCUGAUGGUCUAACCUGUGCCAUCAGUGACAUGGAGAUGCAGGAGCACUAUGAUGAGUUUUUUGAGGAGGUCUUCACAGAAAUGGAAGAAAAAUAUGGCGAGGUGGAGGAGAUGAAUGUAUGUGACAACCUGGGAGACCACUUAGUUGGGAAUGUGUAUGUGAAGUUCCGUUAUGAAGAGGAUGCUGAGAAGGCAGUGAUAGAUCUUAACAAUCGCUGGUUUAAUGGACAGCCCAUCCAUGCAGAGCUCUCUCCCGUCACAGACUUCAGGGAAGCAUGUUGUCGUCAGUAUGAGAUGGGUGAAUGCACUCGAGGUGGAUUCUGUAACUUCAUGCAUCUGAAGCCCAUUUCACGGGAGCUGAGGAGAGAGCUCUAUGGCCGCCGGAGGAAAGGCCGCCACAGGUCUCGCUCUCGAUCAAGAGAGAGACGAUCUCGCUCACGGGACCGAGGUAGAGGAGGUGGCCGUGACCAUGAUAGACGCCGUUCCAGAGACAGAGAGCGUUCAGGGCGGUUCUGAACCACAAGCCAUGACUACUAGUCCUCUUCUUGACUCCAUGUAGCCAUCUCUAGUCUGUUUUUUUUUUUAAGUUUGUACCCUCUCGAUCUCCUCUUGGACUAAUUGAAAAGUGUCUCACUUUGAAGCUGUGACAGAAUUGAUGUAACUUUCUUGACGUCUAAAAAUGACAUUCGCAUCAUUAAAUUUCAAUGGUUUUUUCUUAACAUGA